CGCCCGCGUUUGGUAUGCUAGAUGAAACUAGGAUGCAGAUGACCAGGGAGAAUGUUCGAAGGAUUUUCGGAGAUGAACCGAAAGAUCGAACUUAUGGAACAGUCAUGUCUACCUCUACUCUGUAAAUGUUGUAAAUGCGAUAUUAUGUUGCGACAUUUAUUAGGAUUAUGUUUGAGUGGUCUUAAUUUUAAUAUUAGCCAUUCGAAAACUCAAAAUAACUGAGUUACUGAAUGAAAUAAAGGAGGUAGCUUAUAGCAUCAAGGCUGCUCUUCCUUCUCAUGAUCAGUAUCUCGGUUAUUCUCGUCUGUUACUCGCUUAUUUCAGUUUUUCGAAUACGUAGAUGUAGAAGAUAGCGGCAUCAAUAUCUUGAUGUAGUUGGACAAUUAAUGCUUUCUGCUUCCUCUAACCUUCAGUGGUGAAAGAUCCGGAGAUCAUGCGCCAGUUGCUUAUGGUGGCCAAAGGCCAUGUGAAAUCGAUGCAGGGAGCCUACGACUUCGACUCUGACUACAUGCAUCAGCUGCGAACAGACCAUGCGCAUGAAAGACACUUAGUGGUCCGAUUUUCAGAAAAGAGCGAUGAAGAAGCGAGGGAUGAGCCAGCGAGGAUGGAGAAGAAAGAGGUAUUGAUGAUGCUCUACUAGUGAUGUAGGACGUAUCUAGACUAGUGAUGUGUGGCGUAGUGGGAACCUGCAUGAGUUCUGCUUCUGCUCGAGUAGAAGUAGCUCCCUGCGCUUUUGCUUCCGUCAAGGUUUGUCGAGCGCUGCCAGUAUCAUAGAAAUACUGGCAGACCACGCCUCUACGGUCAUCGUAAACGAUGGCAAAAGGGAGUACAGCAUGUAUGCGCAUCUAUAAUGUGUGGGUUAUUUGUAAUUGUAUGAACAACAUCACCGAAAAUGGAUCAAAUCCUCACGUUCACUGUGACACAGGUCCGUUCCUUCCUCGUGCCUGCAGGUGAAGACUUGUCCUGGAUGUCACAAGAGAUUGAGCUUGCGUCAACAGCUACCCCCGACUGGAUAAACGCUUCUCCCUCUUCCUCGAUGGAUAUGUCGAGAAGUCCUGAGGAGGAUGAAAGUACUAGAUCAUGGCUACGUAGAAAUAUUGACAACUUUGUAGAAGUAGUGACACCUGCUAGUAGUACUAGUAUCGGUCUUCUGCGUUCUGAGUCGGACUUUGUCAUUGUCGCUAAUAAAUGUUAAGCUUAAAAAGCACCAAGCCGCGAAUUCAAAUACAAUUACUGGAAGAUGAUGAUGACAUCAUCAUCUUACAGUUAAUUUUCUGACGAGGUGUCUUUCUUUCAUUUUCCUUGUCAGGUCCCGAAGAGAAAGCCGCCGCGAACAAGAAGAGAAAACCUGCUUCAACAUCAGAAAUUGCUGCUGAAACGACUACUACUGCUAUGAAGAAAGGAGCCACGACGACGACGACGAGGAUAACGACGAGAGCAGGAUCCAAGAGUAUGGCUAGAGGCGCCACUUGUAUGAAGAAAGAAGCGCCAGUUCCAAAAGCUCGCAGUCAAAGUGUUUCCGUUCGCCCCAAAGUGAGAGCGAAAGCUUCGUCUGCCCAUUCUUGUUCUGCACAUCUUGAUCAGGAAAAGCCCACUGCAAUAGACGAUUCGUUUGCGAGACUGGCAGCAAGGAGACUUGCAGCAAGUCGCAAAAGUGCAAGCGUCGCAGAGGAGCAAGCGUUGCAGAAAGAUGAGCCAGGAGACGAAGAAAAAGCCAGGAGACGCGACAACCCAUUUUUAUACCAAGUGAUUCACGGAUUGCUGGAUGAUGACUACGAUCCAGCUGUUGGAAAAAGUGCAACUUCUAUAGAGAGG